AUGGUUAAAACAAAAGCGUGGGUAGGACCUACACGUAGCAGACGCGUUCAACUUCACCCUUUUGUACUAUUCUCUAUUUAUACAUUAUACUCGCCCAUUUCCAUUUUCAUUUGCAAUCUCAAUUCUUGCUUUUUCACAUCAACUAAAACAAAAUUUUAUAGAUAUUGCUCCCUUGAAACUUGUCUGUAUAUGUCCAAUCCUUCUUCGAGUAAACCGAACCGGAAAACCAGCUUCGGAGAUCGGUGCCUGCUGAUGGCUAAGCAACAACGAACUCGCCUCUACAUCCUCCGACGCUGUGUUUCCAUGCUCCUUUGCUGGCAUGACCACUCUAUUUCCGACUAGCUCGUUCUCUGGUUUUCUGACUCAAUCAAAGUCGUAAUAAUCAACCGGACCAACCCAGAAUUAGAAUAUCUAAUUUUAGAGGAAGCAAGUAGAAUGUGAUGCGAUUUUAGGACUUUAGUUUAUUGUUUUACAGUUCUACUUUUGGAUUUGUAGAGUGCUUGUCUUUUCUGGGAAUCUCGGUAACAUGAAAGAAGAUUCCAUGUAUUGGUAUUUGACUAUUUGGGCUUCUAUACAUACUGUGAAUAACAUGUGAGCUUUUUAACAACAUCCUUUUAACAAGCCCAAUAUGAUAUGUUCGCAUGCUAGUGAUGAUAAACCAAGUACAAUUCUCUGAUAUUUUUAGGGAAAUUUGCCGGUAUAUCGCAAAAUAAAAUUAUAAUUGACUGACGAAUUGAACUGACUGUACAACGGAAGAGGGGGUUAUUUACAAGCUUUGAUACAACUUAUAAUAUGUAUUAAUGUGAGUACUAGGCAGUAACUCACGCCUUGCGCGGAAUUAGAUUAUUAAUUUCGUUAUUUUUCAGAGAAGAAGACAUAAGGUUUGUUCAAUCUGGAUAUCGGUUUGGUUUCGGAUUAUUUUUUUUUGUUUUUUUUUAACUCUUUAGGUUUUUGUUUUUUGGGUCAAUUUGUGAAAUGACCAAGUUUGGAAAAGAAACUAAGUGCAGAGCACUGAUUUUGACAUAAUAUAGUAUCUAUCAAUUGUGCUUCAUUUCCACCGGUUUUACCCUUGAUUCAUGAAAGUUGCCGGUGACUUCAAGAUGUAGAGAUGACGUUGACAAAAUCCAAGUGUGGCCAAUAAUUAAUGCAAACUGUCACCAACAAAAUGAAGAUAACACAGCCACAUCACAUACACAUACCCACAAAUAUUUCAUUAAUUUUACUUUAUAUCACCACAAACAUUUCAUUAACUCCAACUUUUAAAUACUAAAGCCUAAAUGGACCACUAAACUCAAACUCAAAUGUAAACUAUAUUAUAUAUUUAUAAUUUUAAAUAAAAUUAAAAUCUGAAAAUAUAUAUAAUAUUUUGUGAUACUAAACUAUAGUAUAUAAAGAUGGAAAAUAUCAUACUAAACUCUAAAUCCAACCCCUAAUUACUAAACUCUAAAUCAUGGCCACUAAAUCCUAAACUAAAAUCUAAGCUAUAAUAUAUAUUUAAAAGAAAAUCAAAAUCUGAAAUAUAUAAUAUUUUAUAAUAUUUUCAAGUACUAUACAUACAUAGUAUGGAACAUUGUAUAAAAUAGUAUACAAAUAUUUGUUCUAUUUAUGUUAGUUGGGAAUCAUAUGUAAAAUAGUAGAAGAAGAAAUAAAAGUACUUGUUGAUGAAAAAGACGUUGUUAAACUAGACAUGACCCUCACAUUGUCAAACAUUUGAAUGAAACUAAUUUUAUAUUACGAGCAAUCAUACAAAAUGGCAUAGAAGAGAAAUAUCAAAUUUGAAGACAUGACAUAUAAACUCUAAACCCUAAACUCUAGUUUGAAAACAAAAUUACUAAACCCUAAACCCUAAUCACUAAACCAUAAACACAAAUAUAAACC